CCAUAUUGACUGUUGUCUUGACUGGAGGAGGUAGAGAACAUUUUGAGGUCUGAGAAGAAACGAAAGUGUGCUCUUAAAAUCCUCGAAACUGGUGCAAACUUGGCCAAAGCGUUUUAUAAACACCACUGUAAUGGCGAGGAAGAAAAGCAAGCAGCAGGGGGUCGCCCAGAAGGAGAUUGUGCCUGGACAGCAGACCGUACCGAAGAGCCCUGUCUCUCCCGGCGAUGCAGCUGGCGGUGGCGGCGGAGAUGCUGGGCUGGAUAGGCUGGCUACUACCAGGGCAAACCAGCCGAUGCACACGUGCUGCCUCCUGUGCCAUCGUGAGUUCAAGGACUGGGGCGCAGGCUCUGUGAACGGACUUCCUGGGGGCCACGGAACCAAGCUGGCCGACGCGGUGCCGGCGCUCUCCCAGGCCUUAUUGCGGGAGGCGCCGGGCCGCAAGCUUGCUGAUGCGGUGCCCUCGCUGUCCCAGUCCCUGCUGGGAGAGGUGCCUCUGUGGAUCUGUGAGAGCUGCUGCAAAAGUGUGGAAGAAGAGGAGAGGCGGAGCACGCAGGAGCAGCCGACGCCGGUACCAUUGUCACACUCUUCCUCUUGUAAGUCCCAGAGCUGUGGGAAUGGUUACCCCGAGCAAAGUACUGUCGAUUGGGACCCGAGCUCCUUCCUGUCAGCCCACAAACUGUCAGGUCUCUGGAACUCUGCCCACACCAACGGAGGGGAGCACUGCAACCACAACACUUCUUCACACUCACAACAAGGUCUAACAGCAGGGUCCGCCUGUCAUGAGAAGAGAGGUCUCCACGAAGCACCGGGGAAAUCCAUGAAAACGUCGGGCGCCAAGGUGUGUCCCUACAGCCACCCGUCUACCCAGAAUUCCAGUGGAUCUUCUGCUGGGAACCCCCUGUCUACCUCAGCAGACCUCUGUAAGACCACUCCCAAGCACUUCAAGACCAUGUGCCGUCGACCAACGCCACCAGGUGAAGCCUUCCACCCCACUGACCACCAUCCUCAAACAGACUUGUCGGUACCCCCCAACAGUCCCACUGGCCUGUCUUCCCAGCAUUCCUCCCUCGUUCCCCCUAAGCUGAACUCUGGGCAACACGGCCACGUAACCUCGUCGUCGUGUGGCAGCGGCGUGGCGGCCCACGCUCCCUUCUCCCCUCUAGUACCAGGCCUCCACGGUCCCACCACCAAACUCAACUCUCCGAGUCCGGACAGCCCCACGUCGGUCCACAAGCCCAGCCCGUGCAAAAACUCCCACAUUCCUGCCGUCAACACGCAACACAGCAAACUAGGCACAUCUGUGGUGGGCUGUAACCACGCCUGCAACGGACACAAUCCGGGAACAGUGGCCGCCUCCAAUGUAGGCCAUCUAACAGCUGGGGCCUGCAGAGAUCAAGCGUGUAAGUCGCACAAAGUGGCAAAUGGGACGCUGUGCCACCCUUCGUCUGAGCUGGAGGAGGGCGAGGAUGAAGACAGCAGCUCUGAAAGGAGCUCCUGCGCCUCCUCCUCCACCAACCAGAAGGACGGGAAGUACUGCGACUGCUGCUACUGCGAGUUCUUCGGACACAAUGCGCCUCCAGCUGCACCGACGAGCCGAAACUACGCCGAGAUCCGGGAGAAGCUGCGCUCACGGCUGACCCGACGUAAAGAGGAGCUUCCUCAGCGACAAGACUCCGAACUGGCCGUGGCGGGCGCCAUCGACAACCGCGACGUGGACGAGCUGCUAGACUUCAUCAACAGUUCUGAGCCCAAACCUGUCAACAGUGCCAAGGCAGCCAAACGAGCCCGGCACAAACAGAAGAAGAAGGAGAAAGCUCAGCAGGGCAACGUGGGUGCUGCCGGCAGCGACCCUCACUCCAACCCGUCUGAGCCGGCGGACGAGCCUCUCCCCGACGGCUCGGAAGCCAGUCGAUUGUUGGACUGGCCGCAACUGGAACUGGAACGCGUUAACAGUUUCCUCACGAGUCGGCUAGAAGAGAUUAAGAACACCAUCAAAGACUCUAUCCGGGCCUCCUUUAGCAUGUACGACCUCAAUCUGGAUGUCAAUGACUUCCCAAAGAAGGCGGCGACGUUGGAGGGAAACCAUUUACUUUCCCACCUCAAUGGUUCAUCUGACUUGCAGCAGAUAGAUUUGGACCUCUCCCCUCUUUCACUGGGAACCUUUAAGAGCCACCUGGACCUGGUAAACGGGUGGGAGGACACGACCGCGGUCUCGUCCCCGAAUGCUGCCACCACUGCAUCCGGGGUCGGCGCACCCUCGAAGGACAUCCAGCGGUUGCACACCGCGCCCAGCCUCUCAAAGCUCAUAGGGAUCCGCUCCCCCGAAAGAUGCACUUCUGCCGUAUCCGACGCUUUGCCACAGGUACCGGCCCAAGCCACGGCUAAAUCAAAGGAGGACCUGCCCGAUCCCAAAAACACGGCGGCUGGAAACGGCGGUGCAAAAUCCAAGAAGAAUAAAAAACAGCAGCAGCAGCAGCCGCAGCCGCCAAGGCAGGAGCCAUCUGUGUUGGAGCAAAAUUCCAGCAAACCAACCAAAGCUGCCUUGGGGAAUGAAGCACAGAAAAACAAUGAGGCUAAAGAAGUGGCAUCCAACGGCUCCAAGUCUGGGAACAAAACGCCUCAGCAGUCUGCAGACAACCAGAAAAACGGCCCCAAGAAAUUGGAGGAGGGUAAAUCAUGCAAGCACGCCACAAACGGAGCCAGCAGCGGCCCUCUGAGUGCACAGAGGCCGAAAGGCGAUUCGGAGGCACGAGGAGCUCGAACGGAGCAGGAACCGGAGAGCAAAGUGCACGCUGCUGCUGCUCCGGCAAACGGACAACAGCAGCCGCAGCAACAGCAGCAGCAGCAAUCCAAGGGCAAGAACAAGAAGAACAAGAACAAGGGGGAAAAAUCCAGCACUGCUAUUGAUGAUGUAUUCCUCCCUAAAGAUGUGGACCCAACAGAAAUGGAUGAGAUUGAUCGCGAAGUAGAGUACUUCAAACGGUUUUGCCUGGAUUCUGCAAAGCAAACUCGCCAGAAGGUAGCGGUGAAUUGGUCCAACUUCAGCCUCAAAAAGGUUCCUUCCAAUGCAGCUCAAUAACUUGGAUGAGUGCCAGAGAAAGUCUAACUCCACACCACAAACUCUUUCAGUAGAGCCCUGCUUGGCCUGCGGCCUCGCUCAUUCCCUGUUUUUAUUUUAUUCCUUCCGAAACCAAGGGACCCUGGUUCAGAUUCCUCCUCUCCAUUCAGACGACUGAAACACAACUUGUGGCUAACAAGCCAGGGAUCAUUCUGAAGGCCAACUCUACUGCUCUUAUCGCAAAUGUUCACUAAAUGAGAUGCAAAAAAAAA